AUCGAAAGAAUGGAUGAAACGUAAACUUUUCAGUUUUUGAGCGUAGUAUGUCAAAGAUGAACAAACGCCUUGUGAGAGAGAGACUGGCAAACUGGGAGUCACGCAACAAUCCUCUGACGGCUUUGUCAACGAAACAAAAAGACACAUGUAUACAGAUAUCUUCAAUAGUGAAUGAAAGGCGGAUUCCAAUAGAUUUGCCAAAGGAUGAAGGUCAGUCCAGUCAUUCUAAAUUGCAAGAGAAGCAGGGUACAGAAGAAACCAGUGCAGUUGAAGAAUUCCAGAAAAAUGCCCCACAAGAAAAAGCAGAAACAGCACAAGCAUUUCUAUCAUGGUACUCUGAUCUGGAAAAAGAUAUGGAAAAAGAGGAAGAAGCUUCAUACAGACAAUACAUAGAGGAGUUACAGGGGUACCAGAGCCAGUGUGAUGGAGUUCUAGGGGAGGUAACAACAGCCUUGACCUAUCUAGCCGGACUUCAGAAGCAAUAUAUCAGUGUUUCCACUAAAACCAAUGCUUUACAUGAGGCCUGUGAACACUUACUUGCUGAACAGACAAGGUUGAUGAAUACAGCUGAAAAUAUCAGUAACAAAUUGUCAUAUUACAAUGAAUUGGACAAGAUCUCAAGUAAACUGUCUUCUCCCACGCUGAUGGUAACCAAUGAAUCCUUUGUUCCAAUGCUAUCUCGCCUGGAUGAAUGCAUUUUGUACCUGAAAAAUAAUUUGAAUUACAAGGAGAGUCAGACAUAUUUGGCCAGACUCAAUCAGUGUCUGUCUCGAGCUCUGAAUCUCAUCAAAUCUCACGUCGUCAACAUUCUACAGUCUUCCACCAGGCAGGUUCAAGAGAAAAGGAGCUCAACUUCAUCUCAACUGGGGGACAAUGCAUUUACUUUGUUUUAUGGAAAAUUCCGAGCCAAUGCACCAAGAGUGAAAGCCUUGAUGGAACAGCUCGAAAUCCGGCUGGAUAAAAGUCCAGAGUACAGCCAGGCAUUAGUGGACUGUCAGCAGUGUUACUUCAGCCAGCGGGAACAGCUGCUUGGGCCCAGUAUCAGCUCCACCAUCAACGACCUGGCCACAAAGCACGCCAGAGACCACUGCGCUCUGAUGAGGAGUGGCUGUGCCUUUAUGGUCCAUGUCUGUGAGGAUGAAUACCAGCUGUACUAUAACUUCUUCACCAAACACACAGGUCUUCUAGAUGAAAUGCUUGAGCGACUGUGUAACAACUUGUAUGACGUUUUCCGACCACUCAUCAUCCAUGUCAACCAUCUGGAGACCUUGGCAGAGCUUUGUUCCAUCAUGAAGGUGGAAAUGCUGGAGGAACAUACACAAGCCAAUGCCCAGGAGUUGUCAUCCUUUGGUAAUGUCUGUCGUCAGAUGUUGAUGGACAUGCAGGAACGACUGGUGUAUAGAACCUACAUCUAUAUACGCUCAGACAUCCUGCAAUAUUCAGCAGCACAGGGAGAUCUAGCUUACCCUGAAAAAUUAGAGAUGAUGCAGAGCAUUGCUGAGAGCAUCAGAGCAGGGGAGACUAAGGGACACACCCGGACUCCCUCCUCAUCCUCACUGAAGGGCCACUCCCGCUCUGCCUCAAACGCCUCCAGCACCAGUCAGGAGGUGGCUGAACUGACUGAGGCGGGCAAGAACAGCCCAGACCAGACAGAAGUGAAGAGUGUGACCAGUACGAUGCCCAUGUCCCCAGCGGACCUCCAUGGAAUGUGGUACCCAACAGUACGAAGGACACUAGUGACUCUGUCCAAACUCUACAGAUGUAUCGACAAAACAACAUUUCAAGGCCUCUCUCAAGAAGCUCUACAGUCUUGUAUACAGUCACUGAAAAUCGCAAAGGAAGGCAUUACCAAAAGAAAGACAUUGAUGGAUGGCCAACUGUUUCUGAUAAAACACUUGCUGAUUCUUCGGGAACAAAUCGCACCAUUCCAAACCGACUUCUCUAUCAGAGAAACAACACUAGAUUUCAGCAAACUAAAAGAUUUUAACAAAAUGAAAGAUGCUGCGCGAGGCUUGAUUCAGAACAGUUCCAAAAUGUUUAUGUUCAACAGUAACAACUCUCUGUUGCAGUUCAUAUUAGAGGGCACUCCACAUGUAAUGGAACAUUUUGUGGACUCUAAAAAGGAUGUGGAUUUGGAGCUGAAAAUAACUUGUGAGGAAUUCAUACAUCAUAUGUCAGACACCUUCAAUGAACCACUCAAAACAUUCCUCUCAAGAGCUGAGGUAGUCAUAAACCUGAAGGAGGAGGAGGGAAUCAAAAGUGUCACUCUGCGACAACAGCCAUUUGCAACACCUGAAAAACUGCAUGAUGUAGUGUCAGAGACGUACAAGAACAUCAAGUCUCGCCUUCCCACCAUACACAAGAGCAUGCAGCUUUAUAUGGCUAAUAAAGACACAGAAACCAUUCUCUUUAAACCAAUUAAGGUGAAUAUUCAGCAGGCAUUUCAGCGAUUGUCUGAGAUCCUCACUGAAAAUUACACUGAAGAAGACCGACAAAUUGUGGCCAAUCCAAGCCCAGAACAGAUCAAUUUGCUGAUAUCUACAUCUAUGCGAUGAUACCAAUGUUUCUUUUCAUUAAUGAACAGUAAUUGAUCCCACAUGUAUAUGCAUCAUAGAUUGUUUAUUGUUCUUUAAAUAUAUUUAUUGAUUUUAUUAUCUCAGUGGUUUAAUUUAUAUUCUUGAAAUAUCAAAUUUAUUUACUUCAUGUGGUUAAAUAAAUGAAAAUAAAAAAAUGAUUAAAGCUG